UAUUGUGGCGCCCUUCACAGUAGUAAUAAAUUAGUGGUAGCAAUAAAUGCUGAAUUGUCAAUGGUAAUAAUAUAAGGAGUCAUCAUAUUAUUGUAGUAUAAAGGACUCUUUCGUAUUUCGUAGUCGCAUUUAUUCUUCCGGCUCUCUUCGGGCCUGGGUGCCCGUAGGACGGACGUCGUUUUCUUUUCUCUGAAACAGAUACAAGAACUGCAGUGAAAAUGGGUGGUCUUAUUACUAGGCUUGUCUUUCUUAUUUGUGGUAUUUCGUACAGUGCAGCUGUGCAUUCACCUACUUUCAGUAAUGCCUACACAGUGAAAGGAACCUUGUAUAUACCAUAUGCAGAAAUACGUGAACCUUUCUAUGCUUGGUAUGAUGGAAACAGUGGAUCCAGCAGAAUCGACUAUUACGGAGGCAUGGUAAAAACCUUUCAAUUAUCUCAUCAAGGACCAUAUGGAGCUAGUGUUAAAUUAGCUCCAAUUACAACAGAAUCAGCCUUAAAUCAAGAAACAUGUCUGCAAGUAAAUGGAAGUAGUGAUUACAAGAUUCAGCCACAAACUAUUAUACCUGACACAACUGGAAUGGAGUGUAUUGGUGAGGAAAUUAUCAAUGGAUUACAAUGCGAGAAAUGGCGAGUUGUGGAAACGUUUGGAGAAAAAACAAAUAAAUACACAUUAUGGAUCAGGUACAAGAAGUCACCAAAAUUCCCAAAAGUUAAAGAACCAAUUCCAGUAAGGUACGAGAUGCGAGGUUUUAAUUCUCUCUUAGGAUCACAUUACGACCAUUAUUAUUUAGAAUACGAAUGGUACUCAUUUGAUACGCCUAGCCCUGAUGUAUUCCAAAUCAGUGAAAAUACUACUUGCGUUGGUUUCCCUGGACCUGGCGACAAACAUAUAUACACAUUUAAUCCAAUGCGUGAAUUUAUUCACAAUUAUGAUGAGCACGUGAAUGUAGCAUUCGAUCAUUUCAAAAAUACUCAUAAAAAACACUAUCCCGAUCAUUUGGAUCAUAAACGGCGAAAGGAAAUCUUUAGACAGAACUUAAGGUUUAUUCAUUCCACAAAUCGUGCUAAUUUGGGCUAUCAACUGGAUGUUAAUCACUUAGCUGAUCGUACUGAUCUUGAAUUGAAAGCUCUGCGUGGCAAACAGUACAGUCAAGGAUACAAUGGUGGAAUGCCUUUCCCUCACAAUGUUAAACAAGAAUUGGCAGAUAUUCCUAAUUCAAUGGAUUGGACACUGUAUGGUGCCGUUACACCAGUGAAAGAUCAGUCGGUUUGUGGUUCUUGUUGGAGUUUUGGAACUACUGGUGCUGUCGAGGGAGCUUAUUUUUUGAAAUAUGGUAAACUUGUAAGGCUGUCACAGCAGGCACUUAUCGACUGCUCAUGGGGAUUCGGUAACAAUGGUUGUGACGGUGGGGAAGACUUCCGAUCUUACCAGUGGAUUAUGAAGCAUGGUGGUUUGCCGACGGAAGAAGACUAUGGCGAUUAUCUUGGUCAGGAUGGUUAUUGUCAUAUUCAAAAUGUUACCAAGACUGCCAAAAUUAAUGGUUUCGUAAAUGUCACAUCAGGUGACCCUAAUGCUCUGAAAAUCGCUAUUGCCAAACACGGCCCAGUCUCCAUUGCUAUUGAUGCAUCUCACAAGACCUUCUCCUUCUACUCUAAUGGGAUUUACUAUGAUUCAUCAUGCGGUAAUACUGAAGAGUCUUUAGAUCAUGCAGUAUUGGCAGUGGGUUAUGGUACUAUUAAUGGUAAAGAAUAUUGGCAAGUAAAAAAUUCCUGGUCUAAUUACUGGGGAAAUGAUGGAUAUAUUCUCAUGGCACAAAAGGAUAACAAUUGUGGAGUGUUAACAGCACCUACAUAUGUUACUUUCGAUUAAGUUUAUUACGAUACUGAGAUUUAUACUUAUGCUCUUGUAAAAUGGUCGAUUUUAAUAAUAUAGAUUUAUUGUAAAAUCGCUUGAGAUUGAUCGUCGGUAGGAGAUAUCCUUAUUUUUUCAUUGAUUAUAUUUAGAAUAAGCGUUUGGCUAUGACGAUUAUCACACUUUCAAGUAAAUAAAUAAAUAUUCAGAAAAUCAAA